AUGACAUCUGCAGUCUACCAAUUGCAGCGACGAGUCAGGACAUUGCGAGAACAACUUCAGAGAAAAGAUUUACAUCUUGAUCUCCUCCGGAGGAAACUUGCCUUGCAAGAAGAGAAUGGUCGCAUUCGCAGCAUGUUAGAAACGGAAAGAGAUGAAGCCAAUCUUAGGGCGAAGAAGGUAUUGAAGCAAAUGGACCGUUUACAGCUUCAAUUGAACGAGUCACGCAAUCAUAUGCGAGAUCUUAAAACCCAGUUAUCAGAUGCAGCGGAUUACAAGAUAUCUGCUUUGGAACGUGGUCGUAAGAUUGAAGAUUUGCAAAAACGAUUAGUCGAAUCAGAAAUGCUCAGAACUCGUUACGGUCGGAAAGUGAACUUACUGAAAGAUCAGGUUCGCACAACCAGCCAAACUGCUGAACAAGAACGUGCUUGCAGCGACCAAACCGUGCUAAUGCUCAGAGACGAGCUGGCUUCUGUGAAGCAGAAUCUAACUGAUACGCAAAGACGAGAAAAUUCGCUUAUCAGCUUCAGAACAUCUGUAAGCAAACUUUUGGGACUGGAUUUACCUGUUCCUGAUUAUGAAAUAAUAUCUCGACUCCAGAAACUUGUACAUGCUCACCGCGAUUUCACGUUGGUGUCCCGCCGCUACGACGAUCCUCUGUUAAUUGGCAAUAGCCCUGGAGGGGCAAGAACACCUCUUCUCAUGGGGCACAGUCCUGCAGGUACCCGCACACCUCGUUACGAUGAUUCAGGAUUCGUAGAUCCUCCAGACUUGAGUGUUCUUGAUGACAGUGAUGAUGUUAAUGGUAUUUACAACAAAAGACCAAUCAGAACGUCUACUUGACAUGAGAUGUGCUGAUUUCCCAAAGGGCAGUAUUUUGAUAAAGGUAAAAAUAUUCUAUUGGUUAUAUAUAAAUAUGUAACGCCCGAUAGCAAAAUUAAAAUAUUUUAACUUGAAAUAGCAGGUAAUGGGAACAUAUCACACUGCCAUUUAAAUAGAAAUAAGAAGAAUCUGUACGUAAUUAAUAUAUUUUAUUUCUGUAAUUUUCAUUGUACAAUACGCUUAUUAAUUUAAUAUCUUAAUAUGAAGCAAUUUGAUGUCAUAAAACGAAAUAUUAUAAAAGUAAAUAACGGCAACUUGAUUCCCAGGCAACUGGUCUUGCCAAGUGGACUGUAGAUGAUAUAGUUAUAACCCUAUAGAUUGUGUUAAAAUAGGAGCGAAGUUAUGUUUAAAAUAAAUUGACUUUGCAAUCUUUCUAAUUAAUUGAAAUAUAAUUAAAGUUAUGAAGAGAAGAAAUGUAUUAGGGAAGAUGAAAUUGUAAUUCGUGCCACAAUUUUUUUUGGUUCUAAAUAUCAAUGUUGUCAACAAUAUUUUGAUAUUUUUUUAUUACGACAUACUAUAAAGUAAUAGGAUUAUACUAUUCACUAGAUCACAAAUAUUG